UUGGAGAAUGUAUCUGCUGCCUCAUUUGCUGCUAAUGCUAGGCUUGCUGAGAAGAUUCAUCUUAAUGAACUGUUAUUGAAUUGCACCAGCAGACUGGGAGAUGAUGGGUUGGUCAAAGAGAAAGAAGGUGUCUCUGAGGAAGAGCAGCGACGAAUCGAGAAGGUGUUUGAUGAGCUCUGCCCUCCACCUAGUAUAGAAUAUCUUGAAAUGAUGGGGUAUUUUGGCCAGCAACUCCCGAUUUGGAUGCUGUCAACAUCGAUGGUGCCCUUCAACAACUUGAAGUUUAUAGGGUUUUCUGACCUGGCUUGUUGCACACAACUUCCCAAUGGGUUAUGCCAGCUCCCCAAUUUGCAGUUCCUACAGGUCUCUCGUGCUCCAUGCAUCAAACAUGUGGGGACCGGAUUCGUGCAGGCGACAACAGCUUCAUUUCCAAGGUUAAACACAUUGAGAUUGUUCGACAUGGUGGAAUGGGGGGAGUGGGAGUGGGAGGAGCAAGUACAAGCCAUGCGUCGUUUGGAGGAACUUGUGCUCAGUAAAUGCAGACUGAGGCAUGUUCCUCCAGGCCUUGCCUCCAAUGCAAGCUCUUUGAAAAUGUUAAGUCUACUACAUAUCAAGCAGCUCAGCAACAUUGAGAGCUUUCCUUCUGUUGUUGAGCUUUUCGUGAAUGAUUGCCCUGACCUGGAGAGGAUCACCAAUCUCCCCAAUCUGCAGAAGCUUACCAUUUACAACUGCCCAAAGUUGAAGGUGCUGGAGCAUAUAGCUUCACUCGAGAGGCUGGUCGUGAAGGAUUACACCAUGGAAAAACUCCCAGAAUACAUGCGAGACAUAAAGGCAAGGCAUUUGCAGUUAUUCUGCAGGCUAUGGUUGCUCUCUGCGGUAGCCGCGGGACAAUCUGGCACGGAGUGGGACAAGUUCAGCCAUAUGGAGCAUGUCAAGGCAUAUGCCGGUGAUGGAGACAACCAAAGAAAAUGGUACGUUUUGUACAUGAGAGGAGACAACUGCAAGUUGGAUUCAAAUAUUAGCAACUCUACCAUAUUUGAAGAAACCUUAUCACCUUCUAUGGUGGAUGCACAGGGAUUUGACUCUCUGUACAAAGUGAGAAGAAGUACCUUGAGUUACGUCUGCAGCUUGGUGAGGAUCCCAUUUUUUGAAGAUAUGACGGCAAGGGAGCCCACCUUUGUCGAUGGGAGAGUGUUGUCUUUGCAAGACAGAGUUGCUGUCGCUCUGAGGGUAUUGAACUCUGGUGACUCUCCAGUUACCGUAGGAUCCUCUCUUGGUGUGAAUGAGUCAACCGUCUCGCUGGUAACUCAGGUGUUUGUUGAGGCUAUGUGUGACCGAGCAAUGCACCACUGCAGCUGGCCUGGCUCCACUAAAAUGGAGAAGAUCAAACACAAGUUUGACAAGAUCCACGGCCUGCCAAACUGUUGUGGCGUUGUACAUACAUAUCACAUCACGUUUGGAUCACAAAACCCUGACCAUGAGGAGAAUGACGUUGUGCUAAUGCAAGCCAUCGUUGAUUCAGAUAUGAGGUUAAUGGAGUUUUGGUUUGGCGGUGAUCUCUUGGAGAGCAUUGAGAAAUAUGCUUGGCUGAAUGGCGGUAAGGUGAAGUUAUCAGAUGGCUCGGAGGUCGGGGAAUACAUCAUUGGUGAUGCAGGAUACCCUCUUCGUCCAUGGCUCCUCACACGUUACCAGUUAGAAAAUGGCCUCUCACUCUCAGAGUCCAAAGUCGAGUUUAACAGGAGACACUCUGCAGCUACAGCCGUCGCGGGGAGGUCGUUGACAAGGUUGAAAGACACAUGGAAGUGGCUGCAGGGAGAAGGGUGGCAUCCAAAUAACAGACGUGUGAUGAACCGGAUAGUCGGCGCGUGCUGCAUGUUGCAUAACAUAGUGAUAGACUUGGAAGGGGACGAGGGUGCAAGCAUGCCGAGCGGUCAGGAGGACAUUUAUGCCGAGAAAGCAUGGAAGUUAGCAGAUGAGGAUGCUGUCAGGGUGAGGGAUGCACUGUCCCAGCACUUGAUCGGAUCUGAAGUUCACACAAUGGCUGCAGAGGAGGAAGAAGAAGCAGUGGCAGCAGUUGCAAUUUGUUCUGGAGAUGGAAACAAGGAAGAAGAAGCACGCCAAUGACAAAUGGCAGAUCGAGGAAAGGAGAAAGUGCAUGCAUGAUGGCUAGCUAGAAAGGUGGAAGCGAGACUAGCCAGCAAGUGACAAUGCAGUGCAGGCCUAUACCAUUGAAUUGCAUGUGUGAAAAUAAAUGCAGUGCAGGCCCCGGCAGGCAGUAGGUUGUCCUGUGUCCGGACAAAAGACAAGUAUUGUGUAAUUCAUACUAUUGGCAACAAGAAAGCUUUUAUGAAGUUGAGAGAACAAUUAGUAGUAAUGUAGCUACAUGGAGACGAAAGAGUUUAAUUUGAUUUUGUUUCAAUUGCUUGCUUGUGAACAUAUAUAAUAUAAUGGCAGUGAGUGAGUCUUGUUUGUGGGCAGGAGCUAUUGUCCAAUAUCUUCAAUCAUAACACCGACACAUCGAUCUUGAAUAGGUCACUAGAGGACAAGGACGCCGGCAUGGUGAGGGACAUACUGGCCAAGCACUUGAUUGAAUCUAGAGGUAAAUCAGCACAGCUGUUAAUGCGUUUGUUUGCACUCUAGCUUUGUCUCUCUUUCUUCUUUUGAAAUUCCCUUAUGAUUUGUGAGGGAGGCAUGUGAAUUGUACUCUGCAUGGAAAGUGAAAAAUCUAUCUAGAUUAUUCACUCAUUUGGAUUCGGUUGCAGCAGCUGUUAGAAAUGAAGUUCCCUUGAGAGAGGAGCAAUGCGGGGUGGGCAGAUGCCAGUAGUAUUGUGGAAGGUCAACAGAUUUGGCAUUCACCUGGAUGGAAGAGUUGAGCCGUAUGCAUCUUUCUGAUGCAGAGGCUGGGGUAAACCCCCUUUUCGAAAAAAAAAACUGCAGAGUGAUUGUAGGUAGAGGUUGACAGAGAUGACUAGUGCAUGCCUGUCAGGAACUGAACUGAACUGAACUUUGUGAAAAAUCCGACACUUGAGCGCAGCUCUCACAACGUUUCGCAAGUCUUCUUGUAAUGGACGACGGACGGCUCAGACUGCAACUUGUCGGUUUAUAUAUGCUGUGGGCUGUAGCACUCAACUUGUUAUCAAGGCGGUGAUCUUUUCUCAACUUGGCUGAAUUUUGCCGGACAGAGAUCCAUAUGUAGCAUGAAUUUCUGAUCUAUAGAUGGACGAGGGCUCUGCUCUACGCCGUAUAGCAUAGCAUGGAUUUCUUUCACAUAGGAGGGUUAUUACUACAAAGUAGCAUAGCAGUCAACACUCUUGUCAGCUUAGCGCUUCAGGUCGUUUUUACUUUACCUUCUUUUCUUGCUGUUUUCUUUGUUGAUGAUCUUUUCUCUCUUGUGAAUCGUCAUGACAUAUGUCUGUUUCACUACUAUAUAUGCACGGGCGAUCCUGUUCAAAUUGGCUUCUUUUAUUAACCUCUACUCACAAUAAGUGAGAUUUAGCAUUUGCGCAAAUUUCACAACAAAAAAUAAAAUACAGUACAAGUUAAUGACAGGCAAAUGGGCUUAUG